UUUCAACAUUCCCUCGAACUCCACUUGAAGCAAAACCAAAAAUAAAUUACACAAAAGACUUUGUUUCUACAGAACAACAAAAGUCUUGAGACACUUGAAAGCUAAGAUAUACAUGGCUAUGGAGUUAGAGCUUGAUGAUGAUGUCUUCUUUGCAGACAUAAGCAAACAGAUCUCUCUUCUCAUCACGGAUGAAGAUGAACAGCUAAACCCUGUUUCUCUUUCCUCCUCCUCGCCCUCUCUUUCAUUCCAGGGUCUCUUCAGAGGAGGUUACCAAACGGCUCCAUAUAUGUAUCAUCAAGAACAGAGCAAAGGGACUGGUGUGUUCAUCCCUAAAUCUUCUCACCCAAGGAGAAGACCUCAUCACCAUCAGAAGCAAGGUAAGUAUAGUUCCUUCAACGCCAAGCAACAACACUCUCUUCAACAAAACAGACAAGAGUACUAUCAGCAGAAUCAUGAGAACGCAAGAAGUACUCUCACCACUCACAACAACAACAACAAGAGAAACAUGAACACUAGUGUCCAUGCUCAUAUCCCGAGAAGAACCUACGGAGAUGCAUCAUCUAUCUACACUUGAUUAAAUUUUAACAAAUAUUCUGAAAGAAGAUUCAUGAUUCAGUGUGAUCAAUUCUUAAUAGUUAAAUUAGAUGCAUAAGAUUUAUUUGUUUUGUAAAUCAGCGAAUAAAUAAAGGACUGUAUAAGGAAGGUCUUGGAGAUAUGUUCCAAGUUUGUUCUUGCUUUUUUAUUAUGUAACUCUUUCUUGUUCAUCAUUUUAGAGAUUGACUGACUUUAUUUUUUUUUGCAGUUUGUAAUCUUUUAAGGAUUGAAUUAAAAUUAAGUAUGUGAA